GUCAGUCGUCAGUGGUCAGUCAGUUUUUAUUAGAAACAGAAUUUAGCAAAGCAAAGUGUUGUUCAACAGGAGUCUUGGACAGUAGAGUGUAGACUCGUUCAGUUUAUAUUGGAAGCAAUUUAUUUAGAUACCAUGCUGUUAUUAGAUCUAUUUAGUAGUGAUAAGGAACUCGAUGAUAUUGAAUUUACAUGAAAUACCUAGAUAUCAGAUAUUUGGAUAACACUUUGAUUAUGUGACUUGUUUCCAAAACAUUAUACGGUUUUUAAUAUUUUUGGUAAUUUCGCUUUGAGAGCAAAACAAUGUGUCAAUCUGUUUAAAAAUUAUAAAUCGUUAAGUGUUAUUCAUUGUGGUACUCUUUAAAGUGACAAUAUGAAAAAUGUGUUAAGAGUGUACAGGACGAACCGGAGAUAUUUUCUCAUAGUGCUAUCGCAGUUACGCUGUAGUACUUGAUCAUACAAUAGUACAAUAAAAAGGACAUAAGAUGAAGGAUCAAAGGUGAAGUGGUAAAGUACAACCGUGGAGCACCUGGUGGGAGGCGGUGGCGCGGGCGGCUUGCUGCCCGGCGCCUCGCCCGCCCAGCAUCCACCCAACAUGCUGCAGCCCAUGGAGGAAAUGAUCCUACCACCCAAACGUCAAGCAGUUGUAGAUCGGCUAAGGCGAAGGAUAGAGACGUACAGAAGAAGGCAGACGGAGUGCGUGCCGAGGUUCGACCAGUCAUUCACCGGCGCCUGCGAGCAGCAGAACCUGGAGACCAGCGCGUUGCAGAAGCGCUUCCUGGAAGGCAAGGCCAAGCGGCAAGCGAAGAAGACGGAGCGGAAACCCGAGCUGGCCUCCAUCAGCAGUAACCUGCACAGCAGUGUGCAUGUGAGCUGUCAACAAAAAUUCGGUUGCGGCGAUUACGAGCCACCGGCGAAAAUACACUGUGGCAAUACUGGCAGCAGUGGAACUGGCGAAGCCCUAACCAAGUUCUCCGUGGAAAUAGUUCAGCAAUUAGAAUUUACAACGUCCGCGGCUGAUUCGCAGCCCCAACAGAUAUCCACUAACGUGACUGUCAAAGCCCUUGCCAACGCCGUGAAGACGUCAGGCUCUCCGCCGCCGACCCAGCCUCCUAGAGUCCCCUCUCCCCUCGACUGCGAACGCGAGUGCAAAGCUGAGUGUAAAUCAGAAAUAGCUGAUGAUGAAUUCGUUGGCCUCGAUGAAUGCGCAGCUGCUCUCGAGCGUGACGCCGCCUCCGCAUUCCCUGGCCUCGCGGAUCUCAUCGGCGAAGACGACGGGGACGACACCUUUGAAGAUCUCAUUACAGAAAUAUCGGAAUACCCCGAGUUUAUGAAAGAUUUUGACUUAGUCGGGGGGAAACUCAAUGGUGGCAAUAUUGGCAGCUUGGAACCACCUGAAGGGGAGCCGGCACCGAGGCCGUACGGGGCUGGAGAGAUGUCGCCGGCGGCGCAGACGCUGAAGCACAUGGCUGAGCAGCACCAGCAAGCCACGGGGGGUGAUUGGGCUCGCUACCGAGGGUAUAACAACUAUAGACCACGGCCGAACCCGCCGCCCAUGGAGCAUCUGCACAUGAGCCAACAGCAGCAGCUACAUCUGUCCCAGCCACAUCAUAACCUACAGGUGUCUGCAGCCCAGCACAUGCAGGUGAGCGGCUCGAGCCCGGGCGGCCAGAUGUCAGCCGCGGCGCAGCAGGGCAUGUACGCCAGCUUCCAGCAGAGUCCAUCGCCGCAUCAUCACCAAGGUGGUGGUUGCGAUACUUACGUGUCCCAGUCGCAGAGCAUGAACUUCAGCCAGGGCAUGCGGACGAGGCCGGCGGGACCUACGCAGCAGUCAGCUCCGGGACACCAGCCUCUUGGUAUAGCAGCGGCGGGGAUAUCCCGCGAGCAGCAGGCGAAGAUGCUGCAGCAGCAACAGCAGCAGAUGCUCCGCGCGCAGCAGAUGAGGCCCCCGCCGCCCGAGUACAAGGCGCGCUUCGUGGCGGCCGGGCCCCGCCGCGCGGCCCCCGCCCCCGCGCCCGGCCCCGCGCAAGGCCCCGCGCGGCCCUACGCGCCGCACGCGCGUCACUACCCGCCUGACUGGCGACAUGUCAUCCUGCAGCAGGCCCCGCGCCAGUUCCCGCACCACCACCAGGGAUUCAAUAUGGGCAGUAUGGGCGGUAUGAACAACGUGAGUAACGUAACCGGCCUGUCGCAGCAACAGCAACUGCAAAUGCAGCAAGCCCGUCUGCAGCAACAGCAGCAAAUAUUACAGCACCAACAACAACAACAACAAAGGUCAUCGAGUCAACAGCAGUCACCGAUGACGCAUCUCAUAAUGCAGCAGAACCAAAUGAUGAGUGUUCAAGGACAGAUGCCAAACAUACACAUGAAUCAGUCACAAAGCAUGUCCAUGCAACAGGCAGGCAUGGGGAGCAUGGGGAACGCGCAUCAGGGGAAUCCAAUGCAGCCUGGCUCCAUGCAUGCACAAAACAACCCCAUGCAGAGUUCCAUGAUGUCACAAGGUGGGCAGGUCCAACCUCAAAACAACGGGCACACAUUCCCAUCGCUGCACUCAACCUUUUCCGGGCAAACAGCGGAUUUUAAUCUGGACUUCCUGGACAACAUGCCCUCUUCAGAUGCAUCCAAUCUCACCGCGCAAGAAUUACUUAACUCCCUCGAUAACUCCUUCUUGAAUGACAUUCUCUAAAUAUCAAACUUGUUAUAGUAAUGUAGUAACGCGUAGGUUAUGUAAUUACCAGUAAAAUAAGUAUGAAUGAAAUAGACAAAUGAUGACCAAUCUUAAACGACCAAAGUUAUUGUAAACAGGAAUUUAUCAUCAGAUUUUCGUGUUCUUGUAAACAUUUACUUAACAUAGUGUUCUUCCUGUUAUACGGUGGCGAGCAUAAACUAUUUAGGACGUUGACCCUUACACAACUAUCUUUGGUGUAGGUGAACGUAUUACAGUCGAACCUUAUUGAGACCUCAAUAAACACUCAAAAAGAUUUACCAGUGGAAGGCUCUUUUGCACAGGAUGCCGGCUAGAUUGUGGGUAGCACAAUGGCGCCUAUUUCUGUUGUCAAGCAGUAAUGUGUUUCGGUCUGAAGGGCGCCGUAGCUAGUGAAAUUACUGGGCAAAUGAGACUUAUCAUCUUAUGUCUCAAGGCGACGAGUGUAAUUGUAGUGCCCAUAAUUUUUGGUUUUUUCAAGAAUCCUAAGCGGCACUGCAUUGUAAUGGGCAGGGCGUAUCAAUUACCAUCAGCUGAACGUCCUGCUCGUCUCGUCCCUUAUUUUCAUAAAAAAAGAUUAGUUUUGUAUAGUUUUUGACUUAUAAAUUAUUAUCAUAUAGGCAGCUUUUGUACAUUACACAUAUAACUCUUCGAGUCGCGGAGAAAAAUUUUUAUGUUGUAAUAAAAUGGCUUAUGAGGGAAUCACUCAUUUCUUCGACUUAUAGAGGAUUUAGGUUUUAAGGAAUUAGUGGACGUUUUCGACUUAGUGAGGUUCAACAUAAAGCGUUUCUACUGUAUUACCAUCUCGCUCACACAGGGUCACGUGCUGUAUUGUUAUAAGCACAGGGUUGUCAAUAAAUCACGUGAAAUUUUUUAUUUAGUUUUAAUUAAAUUCAAUUGUAUCGCAAGUCCUUUAUAAUACAUAAUCCAUAUCGGCAUUUAAUUAAUUCUUAAUAUAUGUUAAUAAAUAUAAGUAACCUAACUAAAUGUUGACCAAUACUAACAUUACCUACAAAUUAAUCAUUAAUCGUUUUAAUGAAAUGGCUGAACAGCCUUCAACCAUCUUGUUAAAUGUUAUGUAAAACGAGUGGGCUAUAUGUUAUUCAGCUGUUUCAUUAAAUGCCGGACUUAAUUCAAUUACAAAAAAAAACUGCUGUUACUGUCGUAUAGUUUUUUAUUUUUAUUACGUAUGGCAGCUCCCGGAAAAGGGCUUCUAAAUACAACUAUAGAUGCCGGCUAGAUUAUGGGUACCACAACGGCGCCUAUUUCUGCCGUGAAGCAGUAAUGUGUAAACAUUGUGUUUUGGUCUGAAGGGCGCCGUAGCUAGUGAAAUUACUGGGCAAAUGAGACUUAACUUCUUAUGUCUCAGGGUGACGAGCGCAAUUGUAGUGCCGGUCAGAGUUUUUGGGUUUUUCAAGAAACCUGAGCGGCACUGCAUUGUAAUGGGCAGGGUGUAUCAAUUACCAUUAGUUGAACAUCCUGCUCGUCUCGUCCCCGUAUUGACAUAAAAAUAAACUUUCUGAUAAAUAUUAAUAUUGUUUGAAAUAAAAUAACAAAAUAAAAAAAAAUCUCACGUGAUUAGUUGAUUCCUAUAAAAACAAAAAAUGAUCACCGCUCGCCGACCGUAUGUUUAAUAUUUGAACGUUUUUAAUACUUGUUUUAUAGACUAUUUAUUGUAAAUUAAAUCAUAUUUGUAUUUAAUAUUAGAGUAUUCGCGAACGUUCGCGAACAUUUUCCCUUGUAGAUAUUUUACUUUUACUUUAGUAUUUACUCUCGAUGUCAUCCAAACUUGAUAAUCUCAUAAUAAGUUUUCCAUUUAUCGCGCAGUUUUACUUUUCGAAACUAUUUUACUAUUUAUUAUUAAAUGUAUUCAUUUAGAUGUAAAAGUGUGACAUAUAGCACAAAAGACAUUUUAUGUAUUUAUUACAAAUUUAUUUAUUACUACGGCAGACUCGAGGCAAUAAUAUAUUGUUGAAGAUUAUUUAUUUUAUUACGGACACAACUCGACUGCAGAUAAUCAAUUAUAUAAUAUCAAACACUUAAGUUAGAUUUAAGACACUAAUUACCUGGUGAUGUUACUGUUAAUGUCAAACGCUCGUUGCCUUUUGUGCUGUAAAUCAGUUAUCGAUAUACGCAUGUGGUAGUUAACUUUGACGAACCCAUUGGUAUGUGUUUGCCCAUCGAGUAAAUAGACAGGUUCAAUUCCCGGAGGGAUCAUUGCAUAUCUUUGCAAGCCGUAUGUGUAUUCCAGUAUUUUUUGCGUGGUUAUCUUCCACUCAUUGUUAAGCUUGAGCCAUUCACAUAGGCUCCUUUGCACAGGAUGCCGGCUACAUUAUGGGUACCACAACGGUGACUAUUUCUGUUGUGAAGCAGUAAUGUGUGAGCAUUAUUGUGUUUUCUUUAUUAUGUAUGGUGUAAUUAGUGUCUUGCAUGUAACUCUAUUACGUGUCUAUAUCGGUUUCUAUACAGAGUGGAAUGUAUGAAUAUAUAUAUUAUAGACUUUAUUAUAAUUUUUCAAGUCACUAUAUUUAUUUAUUUGAAUUGAACAUAGUUUUUAUAUAAUGUUUAUUUGAUGUCAAGGAUUUUGCACAACAAUAUGGCUGUAUGAGUCAAAAUGUUACCAGACAUCAAUUUAUAUCAUUGUGUCAACUGUCAUUAUAUUUUUUUAUGUUUCAACGGACAAGUGUCUCGUCCGAUGUAAAGUGUAAAACACCCGACCAUGAUUAUUGAAAUUAUGAUAUAUGUAAUCGUUAAGUGUGUCCCGGCGAUGAUUCGGUAACUAUUACAGAUAUCAAAAAACUUUAAACUAAAUUAAACUGUUUUCGAAAGUACGUAACCGUAUCAGUAAAAUGACAUCAAUAACUGUUUAAAAAUUAAACGAGAAGUAUCCACAAUUUAAAUACUAAACACUCUUAUACAUGUAGUAUGAGGGGAAAGUUUUAGUUUGAUUAUUUUAAAAUUUUAAUGUAGCUUAGUACUGAUUUUAAAGGAAACUAUUUAUUAACCUAAGUCAUAAAACUAUCUUUUAAUUGAUUAGUAUUUAUUUCUUAGUAAGUACGAAAUUUUGUAUUCGAAGUGGCAUCUUUGUUCAGUGAUACAAAGACCUUUCUAAUCUCAUACUAAAUGUAUGGAAGUGUUUAAUAUCAACAUUUUGUAUAUUUCUCGUUUGAUUUUUAAAAAGUUAUUGAUGUCAUUUUAAUGGUAAGAUAAAGUUCUUUCGAUAUCAUUUUAAAGUUUUUUGAUAUCUGCAAUAGUUACAGGAUAAUCGCCAAGUCAAACUUAACGAUUACACCCUGUACAUAAUUCCUUGUAAUAUUCCACUCUGUAUAAGUGUCAUAGUGUAUCACGUGUUGCGAUCUGAAAGUGAUCGCGUUCCGCCUGCCCAGCUGCAUCGAGCCUAAUGCAAAUGUAAAUUGUUGUACGUAUUAAGUUUAUUAAGAUCAUUCCUGUACCUAAGAUGUAAUUAUUAGAUAUACUGUGAUGUCUCAACGGUCAAUAGUUAAUUAUAAUAAUAUAGAUACGAGUUGUUACUGUUUAGGAUCUCAUGUACGUAGCCUGAGGUUUUGAGGGAGAUGUGGGAUUCUGGAAUAUUCUGGAUUGUGUUGGUUUUUUAUGUUCAAUUCAAUAAUUUUUGUAUAUGAGUAUAUAUAUAUCAUCGCGGAACUAUGACAUUGUAAUUAUUAUGACGGAAUGAGUUAUACUCACGAUAUAUAUUUUAUUAAUUUGAUGCCGAUAUUUCGAUCAAAUUGCACGAAUCGUGGUCGCGCCGGAACUGCGGUGGCGGCGUGAAACUUUUGACACAUUGACACUUGACACUAAUAGUACAUCAAUCUGUCUACGUGGCGCCUAAUUCGUUUCGGUCUUCGAUUCCCUGAUUCACGACACACGCUACUGAAGAAGUCCAUACUUUCGGGUCUUUUUGUUGCAUUUCUACUGCAGAGUGAGACCACGGGAUUCCAUGUUUGCAGUAGCCUACCAGUGGGAGGCAACUUUGCACAGGAAGCCGGCUGGAUUAUAGGUACCACAGCGGCGCCUAUUUCUGCCGUGAAGCAGUAAUGUGUAAACAUUACUGUGUUUCGGUCUGAAGGGCGCCGUAGCUAGUGAAAUUACUGGGUAAAUGAGACUUAACAUCUUAUGUCUCAAGGUGACGAGCGCAAUUGUAGUUCCGCUCAGAAUAUUUGGGUUUUUCAAGAAUCCUGAGCGGCAUUGCAUUGUGAUUGGCAGGGCGUAUCAAUUACCAUCAGCUGAACGUCGUGCUCGUCUCGUCCCUUAUUUUCAUAAAAAAAGCCUAAAGCUAUGGUUUUAAGUCAAGUGUCAAUGAGUCAAGAGUUUCUCGUCGCGACAUCGAUUCAUGCAAUUGGAUCGAAAUAUCGGCACCAAAUUAGUAAAAUAUAUAUCGUGAGUACCCGCCAUAAUAAUUAUUAUGUUAAUAUUCUUAUAUCAACAGUAUCAUUGACAUUAUCAUUGUUACGAAUAGCUCUCUGUUUGAUGUAAAUCAUGAUGUUGAAAACAUUCCAGAACCAUUGUUAACAAUGUUUUAAAUUUAGGACCAAUUUUUGAAUGUUCUUUUAAAUAUAACAUAUUGAAAGAAAA